GACCCUCGCCCGCCCCUUCCCGAGACCUUCCCCGCCCAGCUCCCCCAACCCCGUCCCUCUUCGCCUCUUCCGGUCCCUCCCCCCGCCCCAUCGGACUCUGCCACAUCCUCCGGUGACAUCAGCUCGUGCCGCCAUAUUGGAGGAAAGUAGCUGCUGCCGCUUCCACCUCAGCGCGUCUGUCUCUGCCGCCCCCACGAGCAGGAUCCCCUUCCCCGCCCGCGCGCCGGCCUCUCCCGGGCCGCCGAGCGAGCCUCUCCGAGGCCCGUCCCCCAUGACUCCCGCCGGCGCCGGCGCCGGCGCAGACGGACCUCGCCCCAGCGCCUGAAGCGGAGCCUGUGUGGGCCAUCGCGGGCUAGCGGAGAGCGAAGGCGAGCCGGCCCGCGCUCGCACCGCGUCCCGCCGCUCAGCUCCGCCGCUGCCUCCGACUUCCGCGGUCCCGGCCGUAGCCAUGACCUCGCUGACCCAGCGCAGCUCGGGCCUGGUGCAGCGCCGCACCGAGGCCUCGCGCAGCGCCGCCGACAAGGAGCGGGCGGCCGGCGGUGGAGGGGGCGGCGGCGGCGACGACGAUGAGCAGAGCCGCCGGGACGAGCAGGACGACGACGACAAGGGCGACUCCAAGGAAACCCGGCUGACCCUAAUGGAGGAGGUGCUACUGCUGGGUCUGAAGGACCGAGAGGGCUACACAUCAUUUUGGAAUGACUGUAUAUCAUCUGGAUUACGAGGUUGCAUGUUGAUUGAAUUAGCUUUGAGAGGGCGAUUACAACUGGAGGCUUGUGGAAUGAGGCGCAAAAGUCUUUUAACAAGAAAGGUGAUUUGUAAGUCAGAUGCUCCAACUGGGGAUGUUUUACUUGAUGAAGCUUUGAAACACGUUAAGGAAACACAGCCUCCAGAAACAGUCCAGAAUUGGAUCGAACUACUUAGUGGUGAGACAUGGAAUCCGUUAAAAUUGCACUACCAGUUAAGAAAUGUUCGUGAAAGAUUAGCCAAAAACCUGGUGGAAAAAGGUGUACUGACAACAGAGAAACAGAACUUCCUCCUUUUUGACAUGACAACACAUCCACUUACCAACAACAACAUUAAGCAGCGCCUCAUCAAGAAAGUACAAGAAGCUGUUCUUGACAAAUGGGUGAAUGACCCUCAUCGAAUGGACAAGCGCUUGCUGGCUCUUAUUUACCUCGCUCAUGCUUCUGAUGUCCUUGAGAACGCUUUUGCCCCUCUUCUGGAUGAGCAGUAUGAUUUAGCCACAAAGAGAGUGCGACAGCUUCUGGAUUUAGACCCAGAAGUUGAAUGUAUGAAGGCCAACACAAAUGAGGUCUUAUGGGCUGUAGUUGCAGCUUUUACAAAAUAACUGUUGUUGGACUUUUCUUUCAUGUUCUUUCUCUUCUAUUGACUUCUUGUUUUCUGUAAUUGACUUCUUUGUUUUCUGUAAUUCGUACUUUCUCACAAUAUGAAUUGGAUCUUGUUUUAAGGAAACAAUAGAUGGCUUUUCCUGUAUGUUGUGUGUGUGUGCAAGAUUCUGCUGGUACGAGACACCCUCCUAUUUCUGUUAUUAAAAACAAAAAGUUUUACUGCCAUAUUGGCAUUCCAUUUACUAUUGAAUUCAAGUUGCUUGCAAUUCUUAAUGUAAAUUUUUGUUUAUUUCUGGUAUGCUUUGACGUUCAAAGUACCUCCACCACCACAUUCACAUCUUUUGGAUAACCUCGUCUUGAGUUGUUCCACAUGUGUAUGUGUCUCUAGCAUUCUACAGUACAAUUCAGACAGAAGUCACAAAAAAGGCCUUUAAUUCACCAAAGGUAAAUAUCUGUAUCUAUUAGAACAUUUUAUACAUAGACCUCAGUUGAGAUGUGUACUUAUUAGCAAAGUUAUUUUUAAUGAAAACAGCACAUGUAAAAUGCCCCUUUGAAGUUUUGCUUCCAGUGUAAAUCUUCUUGUAUACUAUGGUUUAAUAGUUAAAAAUCAAAAUGAAAGCUUGUGUUUAAAGGUCCAGUUGUUUCAAAUACCAGGUUUGGGAUGAGAUAUACAUUCCAGUAUAUUCUGUAUAUAAUUUGAAUUGUAUAUUAACAGCCCCCUUCUCCUGACCCUAUUCCUCUCCAUUUAAGUAUUUUGCAAGAUUUAGUUAGUUGUACACCUGGCGUCUCCUUGCUUUCAACCAUUGCCAUUUGGUCAAAACCAUGACCUCUUUACCAAGGGGAAGAAAGAGUGAGUGAGUGAGAGAGAGAGAGAGUGAGAGAGAGAGAGAGAGAGAGAGAGAGAGAGAGAGAGAGAGAGAGAGAGAGAGAGAGAGAGUGUGUGUGUGUGUGUGCGUGCGCGUGUGUGUGCGUGCGCGUGUGUGUGCAUGCACUUGCGUGUGAGAGAGAGAGAGUGUGUGUGUUUAUAAUUGAUCCCAGUAUCUACUGAGCUGUGCCAUUUAUGGUACUCUGCCUAUGCAUCUAUAUUUUGAACAUUUAUCAUUUUCUUCAUAUAAUUUCUGUGUGGAAAUAGGCUUGUGACCAGUACUGAUCUUGAGUACAGUUUUUAAAAACUUUUGUCUGCAAGUAAGUUAACUUUUUUUGUCUCUUAAAUGUCAUUUAUCUACUUAACACUUUUUUUGGGGGACAGGGUGGGGGAGGUGGGAAGCAAAUGUCAAUCCUAGCAGGUGUUGCAUGUAAAUUGUUAGCAAGUAAUGACUACAGCUCAGAUGAUUAAGAUUUCUGUAACAGGAAGCUCACUAUGUUUUCAUUUUUUAUAUAUUAUAAUUAUGAUGAUUUGCUCAUUAUUGUAAAAAUAUAAACUUUGGCUUUAUAAAGUUUAGUUAUUAUUACUUUACCACUGCUUAUCAUACCCACCAUUGGUUUCAUAAUGUAAAUACUAAACAUUGAAAAAUAAAACAUCAAAUUUUUUAAAUCACCAUAGUACAUACUAAUAUUGGGGCUUUCGGGUGUUUGAAAUUAUUUUGUUUAACAUUGAGGGCAAAAAUACUAGAUGGUGUAUAACUCUAGAGUUGAAAUUUAAGGGAUCCCUAAUAUGUAUACAAGCUUUUUACCUGAAGUAAUAAAUAAACUAUGAUCUUGAAAGUGCCUGAA